AUGACCGCUCAUAAACAGAAAUGGCCGUGUUUUGCCUGGAUUCUGUCCGUUUUGUCGAUUGUGUUUUACUGUGCCGGUUUUCUGAGAGUAGAAUUGGAGCUCAACGAACAGAUGAAGAGAAUAAACCUUCUUUCCGAAAGCGUUGAAGAGACGGAGUUACUUGCCAACAUCCUUGACCUCGUAGUGAUAGCCAGAAAAAUCACUCCUGGUAAGUUUUCGCAUUAAGUUGGUAGAAUUAAAAACCAAAUUGCUUUGACGAAAACAAAGCCUCAUUCAUCGUUCUACCAAAAGGGCCCACUUGUCUGGACUAUUUUCAUUAACUGCCGAGCGAAGCUGGCGAGCAAAACAGGUCGGCGCCAAGUUGUCAAACAUGUUCACGUAACUGAGUCUUCUAGUCGUCACCAUGCCGCAAGAUCAAUGAAAGAGACACCAAAUUUAUAGACUCAACGUGAAAACAAUGUAUAUCUCCAAGAGCUCAAAAUACACAGACUGAAGACUUAACACUCAUGUAUUCCCGGUUCUUUUCUCGUAUACUUCAGCAUGCUUUGAAAUGGGAAUCAGUUUUAAAAGACAUAUGCUGAGGUAAAUACACGAGUUAAAAAUGCUGGCCUGUAAAAUGUUGUUGUUGUUCACUUAAACAAGCAUUAUGCUAAACUAACAGCAGAGGUAAGCCUAACAGACGAGUGCUUUGCGCUGUUGGAGUCGGAAAAGGAAUGACUUGCCUUUGUGUUUCCAUUCUAUCCUUUCAAUCUAUCCAAUCCGUUUGUGUUUACCAUCAGUUAUUAACACAUUUUCCCUCUAAACCAAACAGCGACUGGAACAAAUUUGGUGUGUUACUAGAAGUAAUUUUAGAUAGAAGCAUAUUAAGUAAUAAUGACGAAUCAUUUUGUUAGUUUUGAGUGGAAGAUUAUUGUUCGGUUUGUGUUUUUUAUGAGGAAGUAAUGAAAUGUUCACCCUGGGCCAUUAAAUUAUGCACAACUGAAUUGAUAUUAAAGCCAACGGCACUUUCCUUUAAUUGUAUCGGUGUUUUAAGUAUAUCUUUUGGGUGGCAACUGAGUCAAUUUUGUACAGUCGACUCCCGAUAACUCGAACCUCGCGCCAACGCGAACCAAAAUCCGUUUCCAAUCGAUUUCCUUCAUUUAUUUACUGUAAUUUUACCCUCGCUAACUCGAACCCUCGAUGACUCGAACCUCUCGCUAACUCUAAGUAAUUUGUGUUUCCCUUCACAUCAUUUCUAUAUAAUUUUAUCCUCGAUAACUCGAACUAUGUUUUAAGAGCGUGACAAGACGAAAGAAGACAAUGUUCUGCGGUCUGAAACAUUUAAUUAGACUCUCUUGCAUAAGCAGCGCCACUCAUAAUCUGCAAGCCGUUUUAUUUUCUUCGUAUUUAGUACACAAAAUGCCUCCACAAAACGACCGCUGUGGUACCAGGCGUUUCUAGCGGAGACCAUGGAAACUGGGAAUAAGAUUCGUUGCGUGACCGAAACCACGCAUGUUUCGCGAAGGCCAAAGCAAGCUUAGGUUUAGAGAUUUUCCGGAACGGGUCGGUCUACGAAUUCUAUCGCUUGAAAGCGUAGAUUUCUUUGGAACAAGUGAAUACUUCGGUGGUCGAAAAAAGAGUAAUCUUAAUUAGCAAAAGACUAACUGGUCGGGUGUUGUAAACUUUCAUUGUAUGCAAAUGAGUCUUGAGAUGAGCAUGCGGUUUAUUUUUGGCUCGGCGAUGAUUGGAAUGGCAUGCCAUGUAAAUCACUUUUUUGAUAUCUGGCAAUUAUGUAAUUUAGUUUGGAAUCGAGGCCCUUGAAUUUUCGUGCAUUUACACACGCGUAUAACCUGCGACCGCAGACGUAUUUCCUGUCAUCGCUAACACGCGUACUUAAUCAAUUCAGAAACAGAUAAAAAGUAAAUAUGCAGAAGUAGGGAGUGAUAAAACCUUUAGCGAGUAAAUCCUAUUUCGUGUAGAAUUAAUCGCCUCCUCAUUUCUCGAUCUAAAAUCCAAGCAAACGACACUUAACGCCACUGUAAGAGCGUUCUUUUUGUUUCAAAACAACCUUGUAUUCUUUGUCUGUACUUCUUUGUCAGUCCAGUUCAAAUACCGUGUCCGGUGUCCUGAUCAUGAAUAUCAUUAAAGCCGUUGUUGCUUCAAUUCCUUUUUCAAAGUAUCAUUUUUAUGCCUUUUCCCGUCCCAAUAAUCUGAAUAAGAGCUAAAAUAUGCUGGCUUGUCUGAGCUCUGUUUACUGGGCAAAAUGAACACAGCUAGGUCUGAUGGAAAAUGGCUAUGAGCCUGUGCUCAUAGCCGCUUUUAUUCAACUAUGCAUUUUAAACAACCUGUUCGAUACAUAAGCUGCCUAAUUACAAAUAGGAGGGAAAAUGUAUAAAUAUGCAGGGAAAUAUUUCCUAUCUCUUGCUGCCCUUGAAGUGAGGUGUGCAUGAUACUUGCAUCCCUUCCCCACCCAUUGGCUUAUUGCCUUAUUCUCGGUUAUUUGCUUCGAACUCCCGAUAACUCGACUGAACUAUUUUUGACUUCCCUAGAAGGCGCGAGGCGCGAGUUAUCGGGAGUUGAAUGUGUAUUAUUAUCCAUUCCAAAGAUUUCCCCAAUUCUGAUUGGCUAAAAGCACACCCUUAAUUCAAAUUUGGAAGAAUUUUGUGUUUAACGAGGAAAUGACGUCAAAAAUGCCGCCUUCCACAGGUUAAUGCACCGUUAACCGAGAAGACCUGGGGACGAGAUUGAGUUGUUUUCGUUGUAAAAACUAAAAAGGCGGACACUUCACUCGUUUCAAGAGUAAGAAAUGGCUAAAAACAUAGCAAAAACAGCAAGAAGACAACUCGGACUACGGGGUGACAUCUACUAUUUGGAGAAUAUUUGCGGAGCUGGACAAACCUAAACGUAAACUAUCGAAGAUAAACUUAACAUCGAUGCAGGUAAGCUUGUUUUAGCUGCGUUUUUAAACUAGGAAUUAUUUUGAAUGAAUAAUAAAACAAUUAUUGAAUUCGGCUUUCGUAUCAUAUGAAGAGUUAUGGAGAUCUCGGAGGGUGUUAUCCGCCUCGGCCUACGGCCUCGACGAUUAACACCCUCCUCGAUCUCCAUAAUUCUUCAUAAGACACUCAGCCUCAUUCAUUAAUUGUUGAAUUAAACCUCGACAAAACAAACUGUCGUGCAAUAUAUCUCUUCUUGUUUGAUAAUGAGCAAUUUGAGCAAAAACAGGAAACUAAAUUUCUAGGUGUAUAUGUUGUGGUUCAAAUUUAUCCUUGGUUUAAAUUUUCUUUUCUUUUGUUUCAAAGUCAUUAUCAUACAUUACCAUACCAAAAAACAAAAGAAAAUAAAUUUAAACCAAGGAUAAAAUUGAACCACAACAUGUAUAUUCACAAAAAGCUUUGCUUGAAAUCACACAUAAAUUUAUCUGUAGCAAAAUAGCAAAAUCUGUCGGAAUAAUUUAUAGGUCACGCUAUCUUUGGCUACCAGCACCAUUAUCCCUUAUAUAUCCUUACAUGAGGGACUUUGAUAUAGUCUGGUCAUCCACAUACAAUACUCACUUGAACAGAAUCUAUCUCUUACCUGCUCACACUGCUCCAUGAUUUGCCCAUCGCAAUAUUUUAGAUAGAUUUGGUAUUUCUAACUUCCAUGUCGUCAAAUUUAUGUUCUGCUAUCAUCAUCAUUUGCUACCUUUUUCUUUUCUAAACCUAUUUAUAACUGGUGGCCAGGUACACACAUAUGCCAUCAGAUUUGUAAAAAAUUACAGACCACGCUUUUGUCCAACAAAUACUCGUACCUUUAAAACUGCCUGAAGUCUGUUGUAAUCUUCUGCCCCCUUGUCCUGAGUUAUUUCAAUAAAUGACCAAACCAUGAAGGCUGACUGACUCCUUGAACAAUCAGGGGCACCCAAUUUUUACUCUAAAAAGUUCACCUAAAAUUUUCGGGAGCCUUUUUUCUGAAAAUUUAAGUUUUGAUUCCUAUAGUUUUCGGAUCACUAGACUUUCAGCUACGAAAUCCGAAGAGAUGAAAUAUUUUUAGAGGAUAAAAAUAUGCCUAUAUCUACCGUUUAAAUACUAAAAUACGUUUAACAAUGCUAUGUUUAAGUAUUUUUCGACUAUAUUUUCGUUGGGUGCCCCCAGGCGGAAAGAUAACUCUAUUGUUUUUCACGUAAGUUUCUUGACCCACUCCGCUUGCCAGUAUAACGUCACAUAGUAACGGGCAAGAGCCUCGGGUCGCUUGUGCAAACUAGCAAGAGAUGCAACAGUUAUUUGGACGAGAGAGGUCGAGGAAAAGCUACGAAGCGAGCAAAUAUCGCUCUAUAUCGCUUAUUUGAUCGAAUGUUUGUGAACUUUAGUGUUGCUAUAAUCUGUUUGUGUAAACCGUUGUGAUAUUUUGUUUUCGUGAAUUGUUAAUUUCUUUUACGGGCAGUGUUGCGGGAUCACCAUCUAUUUCACGGGACCGGCAAGGUCAUCAAAACUUAAAUCUUUUUUUUUUCCUAAAAUGGGCAAGGUCUAGUCUCCAGAAUAGGAGGUUCCAUUCACAGCAGGGGCGGAUCUAGGGGGAGGGUGCAGGGGGUGCGCACCCCCCCCCUGAGAUGACCUGCAGUUUUCUAAUACAACUGGUAUUCUGCGAAAAAAAAACCACUAUGUGGUUUAUUGGUGUUGAAGUCGAGCAAGAGACGAGUGCACCCCCUCCUAAAAAAAAUCCUGGAUCCGCCCCUGCACAGAUCACACAUGUUUAUAUUUCAUCUAUUCUUUUGCUAAUUAAACGGGUCUAACUUCAUAUCAUUCCUUUCGAGUGUGAGCCUCUGUUGAUCUCCAAAUGCUCCACCAAAUUCAGUAAAGCUAGUUCGAUCGAUUAUCCACAUCGAGUCGGCCCGUUGGACCCGAAAUAAUGCGAAAUAGCUUUGAAAAACGCGCUUAAGCUAAUUUUCGUCAAAUGUAUGUUUGAAUUCAUGAUAAAUACAGCUCCACCAGCUGUUUAACACUAUUUUUCCUUUUGACCUUUUUUUCUUUAUUCUUACUGCUGACCCUGCUGGUCAUACACUUGGAUCAAUAUAUAUUUUAAGCGUAAUUCCGGAGUUUUGUUUUGCAAAAGGGAUUUUCGACGAGAAAAAAAACCAUAAGCUGUCAAGACAUGUCCCUCCUCUGAAACAGCUGAAUUUUUUUCAAUGUUAGCUAACAUCAUGACAAACAACACACAGUACACCACAAACUGUACUAAUUUACACCCAACACCCACCAGUGACUGACUGGCGAAAUUUUAACUUGCCUUUUGAACAUUGUCUUAAUUAUCAAUAUUAUCAACCUAAAAUCUCCACUGGGUUUGCCCCCCAAAAAAUAAUUAAACGAAACCUGUUAUUGGUUUUCGGGAUUUAAUUACAGAAUUACAGGUGUAUGCCCAAUACACCAUUAAAAUGCGGUAAAGCAACAAGAUUCAAUGCUCACAGUCUCUCACAAAUACCUGUCAUUUAGCUUCCUCUUUCAACGCUACAGCUAAGCGAACUUUGAGAGGAAUGAUAUGGGGUCCCACUUCCUCUGAAGAGCUGAAAAUAAGCACAAUUUAAAGUAUAAUAUAUCCUUUGAAGAAUCUCCUAUUGCUGUGUCUAAACCCCUCAAUAUUGCUGUGAACUGGCCCUCAAAAGUGUGACCGGUCGGCAUGAUUGCCCGUAAAAUUUGCUCGACGAUAGAAAGGAAUCUUUAAAAUUCAUUUCACCACUGGACAUUUCAUUCCAAAAUAGUACUUAAGUCUAGUUUUCUAUGACAAUAGAAACCUUAAAAUCUCCAAAUCCAAGAAAUCGGAACAGUAUUCCCGUAAUAAAAUCGAAAUUUUUAUACGUCUCUUCGAAGAACACUUUGCUCGCCAUUUUAAAAGCCACUGACGCGAGACGUGACGUCAUACUGGUAGGCGGACUGUACCAAAGAUUUCGUUGAAGACACCUUCCCCCCCCCCCCGUUGUAUUGUUAUGUGACAAAUUCAUUGUAUGCAAUUUCUUGUGUUAGACCUUCAGUUCACCAAAUUACAUAGAGACAAGCGCAACACAGAUAAUAUCAAGAACAGGACGGAAAAUAAAAACGCAGCGAAUACCAUGGUUAAAAUAAAUAAACUUUUAUCAGAGCUGAUAUCACAAAGUGGUACGUAUCUCCCAGGCCCUCCUGGUCCACCUGGACCGAGGGGAGAGAAAGGAUCUCGGGGUAAAAGGGGACUAAAGGGGAGACCUGGGAAUAAAGGUGACCAUGGUAUUAUGGGAUUGCCAGGAAAGACCAGUAAGCAAGGAAUCAUGGGACCUGUGGGACCGGAGGGCGAUGUUGGACUCAAGGGAGAAAAAGGAGACUUGGGUCCUGCAGACAUACCGGGAGCUAAAGGAGAACCUGGUGAAUCGAUUUCAGCUCCUGUUGUUGCUGUGUCCCCUAAAAAACUGACAGUGAAUGAGGGUGGAUCAGCUUCGUUUCAGUGUUCAGUGAGUGGUAAUCCUAAACCCGCAAUACAAUGGAGUAAAAUGAACAGUGAGUCACAAUUAAGUCCUUCAAUGGUAUCAGGAGGAAAGUUGCUGUUAAAAAACGUGGCAGGAAAUGACGCGGGAAAAUAUAACUGUUCAGCGGUCAACAUCUUAGAAAAGGCGCAUGCACUGGUACAACUUGUGGUGAAUGGUAAGUUUGUUAUGACUCAGGUGAUUCGAUUGUUAGAAAUCCAUUCCCUAUCCAUCAGUCAGUAAGUAGUUUAGAUAUGAAGCCAAAAUAUUAGUUUUAGGCAUACAAGAGAGAUUAACGGGUUGAUAGUUCUUCUGUCACAAUAUAAAGUGCAUAGUUUACACUUUUUUCACUUCUGAGUGUUGUUGGAGUAAGAACAUCCUAUAUCCUGUCCCUAACUAUCACUCAAAAGUUUUCGAGAUGAGCAUCGACUGGUGGUAAAUAUAGGGUCCAUAUGACCGGGUUUUCUUUCAACAAUCUAGAGAUCUUUUCACAGGGAAGUCAAUGCAGAGGCGAAAUUAUAAAACUGUUAAAUUUACAGUUGUUUUGAAGUGGUCUGAGCACUCCAUGUUUUGUCUAAGCUAAUUAGCAUGUGUAGUCCAAACGAAAACCAAAUUUGUCAUUUUCAUUCGAGCUUUAAUGAUUGAGAACAAUUAUUAUAAACUUGUUUAAAUAUACUUUAGACUAAAUUAUAUGAUAUGCUGAUUCUGGUUUCCAAAUUUCACAAAAUUAAUAUUUUUUGCAGUUUAUCCUCGCGUUUCUCUCCAUCCGGGACCUCAUUACGCCAUCGACGGAAAAAGUUACACCCUUCCAGUUUGUCAAGUGACUGGGUACCCUACACCACUGGUCUCCUGGAGAAAGUCAGCGGGCCAGUUACCCCAAGAGAGGAUGAAGUACAACAACGGUGCAUUACAAAUUCUACAUGCCCGCAAAGGCGACUCUGACUUUUACUUCUGUUCCGCAUCAAACCUGCUAGGAAGCGUUGAAAAGAAAACUCUCUUAGUUGUUGUUUCUCCUCCUCGCUUCACUGUUACUCCACCUGCAAAAGUUGUCGCGUGGGUAGGCGACACUUUUAUGUUCAACUGUAGCGCUACUGGCGAUCCCCAACCCGUCAUCAGCUGGAAGAAACAAGGAGGUCAACUGCCUGUUGGGCGGAGCCAGCAGUUUAACGGCUCGCUAGUGUUAAGAAACAUAACAAUGGACGAUAUAGGAUAUUACGUCUGUGUUGCAGCGAGUGCAGGAGUAUUAAAGGCGGAAGCUGUGACCACUACUGAAGUUUAUAACGGUAUUUUAAUAUAGACAAUAUAAGUAAUAAUACUACAUCAAGAAGCUUCUUUCGUGCUUAGCAACCUCUCGCGUGCAAAACAAAUAGACUUCAUGUCGGUAAUGUAGGAACUGCUCGUAAGGUGUUUCCUCAUUGGUCGCAGAAAACAAUAACACAUCAUUGUUUAUCAUUAUUUCCCAUUGUUUCACGGUUAGGGUAUCGAACCAAUUAGGGUUAGGAGAGCUGCUCCAUGAGGCUGUGUGUCUAUUUAACAAUUAUUCCCCGAGCCCGAAUGGGCUCUAAGUCAAUAGCCCAUGAGGCCGAAUUGACCCAAGAGGCCAUGAGGGCGGGAGGAAUAAUUGUUUUAGUAAAAUCCAAUUAGUUGGUCAAAAAUAUCGAGGCAAAACAACUUUAGCUAGCAAGACGCGAUUCAGUCGCCAUUGUAUAGGUUUUCAAAGCCCGCCCUUUUCGCUACUAGUGGGCUCUAACCGCCCAGCAGUAGCUCAAGCAAUCAGAACGCAGCAUUGAUAACAGACCGUGACUAGCUGGAUCUUACUAAUCAGUAAUAGAUCACAGCUAGAUGACGUCGAAAUGUGGUCCUGAAAAAAAGCCUCCUUCAAAGUAACGAAUAUUGAAUACUGACAAACCGUUGAAACCAAAAGGCAAAAGUAAUCACUCUAGAAAUACGAAACCUUUCAUAAGCGGCUGGCUUCAAUCGUUUAAGCUCACUGUGGGAAAAAAAAUCAGGUCAGAUGCUUCAAGCUGUGAAACAGUCCACCCUGGGAGCCAGAGACUUAUCAUGCGCGGUUUUCGGUUUCGGUCAAGUCUUUGUAGAGAGCGGCACGCCUACAUUGAACUUUAUCGCCCUUCAAAAUUCAAAUGUUAGGCGGCCCAACAUGUCAUGUUUGAACCAACUUAGAAAGUAUUUCUCGUUACGUGUCCGCGUUACGUUAAGAUCCAAACGUUGCGUGGAGGUCGCCGGAAGAGACAGUUGUCGUUUACAGCAAUUUGACUAGUACUGAGAUUGUUUAUAUACUGAUGUAGUGGAGACCUCAAUUAGCAAUUUUCGUCGAGUCGGAACCUGACCGCUUUCCCCUGCGAUUUCCGCAAGCCAGGACAACUUUGCUCGUCGGCGGCUUCUCUGGCCAGAUUUUAUUCACGAAGAAAUCUUCUGACUCGUUGACGAAAGUAAUACCGAGUUUGCAUGUCAUUUUGCUUGCUGUGCGUGAUCGGCAGUAAAAUGAAUUACCCACCAUGUUUAAAAUUACAUGACACCUCUCAAACCGACCAAUGAGGUGGCAUCCUUUAAAUAACCACGCAGUAUGACACAGGGCCAAGAAUAGACUUCAGAAAAUUUUCAUGGGAAGAGGGUGACGUAAGGGGGAUUCGAUCUCUUACCUCAUUCUCUUUUGCUCUUGUAUAGGUGCGCUCAGGGUAUCAAGCAUUCUCGGUUCCCUUAACGGCAAGUACCUUGGCCAGUUGAAUUCCUAUUUAGACCCAGUCCAGACCGCAGCAGGUUUGUGA